AUGGCCGAAGAGAAGCACCACCACCACCACCUCUUCCACCACCGCAAGGAUGAGGAGGAAGAGAAGCCAGUGGAGGCCGUGACCUACUCGGAAACCGCCUACACAACAAAUACUGGUGGUAAUUAUGGUGAUCAGCAACCUGAUAAUAAAUAUGACAAUUACGGCAAAUACGAAAAAACCGAGGCUUUUGGAAGUUACGGUGGUGAAAGUAGAAAGGAUGAUGAGCACGAGAAACAUGAGAAAGAAGAGAAGCAUCACAAGCACAAGGAGCAUGUUGGUGAGAUGGGUGCUUUAGCCGCUGGUGCUUUUGCCUUGUAUGAGAAGCACGAGGCGAAGAAGGACCCAGAGAACAAGCACCGGCACAAGGUAGAGGAAGAGGUGGCGGCUGCCGUGGCUGUGGGGUCUGGCGGUUAUGCGUUCCACGAGCAUCAUGAAAAGAAGGAAGCUGAGGAGGAUGCAGAGAGGGCUGAGGGGAAAAAACAUCACCACAUCUUUUAA